CGUGACUCGCUAAUUACGUAACAAUACGAAAUGAAAAUUUAUUUUUUUAUUCUUUUAAUCAAUUUUUAUUUUAUUUUUAUAAAUUCUCUGGUAAUUGAAAAAAAAAUCGAACAUGAGUGUCCUAGGAUAAUAACGCGUCAAGAAUGGAAGGCAAGAAACGUAACGGGGCAUCAAUUAUUAUGGACGCGGCCAGUUCCUUAUGUAGUGAUCCACCACGGCGGAAUUCUCCAUUAUUGUUACGACAUAAAAGAGUGUUCUGUAAUCGUUAAAUCUUAUCAAGAUCUGCACAUUGAUACCAAUAAGUGGAUUGACAUUGGAUACAAUUUUGUCAUCGGAGAAGAUGGAAACAUUUACGAAGGUCGCGGAUGGGAUUUUGUGGGCGCUCAUGCUCCGGGAUUCAAUACUCAAAGCAUCGGAAUUUCGAUUAUUGGAGAUUUUUCACAUUUUAAUCCAAAUAAAAAUGCACUGAGAGCGCUGACUGACAUAAUAAAGUGUGGAGUGUUGCUCAACAAAAUAAGUAUUAAUUAUCAAGUGAUUGGGCACCGUCAAGCCCGAAUCACUGCUUGUCCUGGUGAAGUUUUUUAUAAUUACGUUCAAUCAAUGCCAAGGUGGACAUCUACUCCUGUACCUGUUUACGUUGAUG